AUGGCCGAUGCGACGGCGUCGGCGCCCCUCAGCGUGGUUGUUCGGGCUGGCGGCUCGCGCCAGGUGGUGGCGGCCACGGCGGUCGCCCUUUGGCGCGCGGCCCGUGCCGAGGCCGGCAACAUGCAGGAGGAGGUGAAGGAUGUGGACGCCGAGGUGCAGGCGCGCUUGGAGGCCAUCCAGCCCGUCCUGCGCGCGAAGGUCGUGGCGGCGCACGACGAGCCCCCACCCGCCAUCGACGGCGGGGUGAAGGCGCUGAGGAACGUGGCGGAGCACUGCCUGUUCGGGGAGGGCGCGGAGGCGCUGCCCAAGGGCGGCAAGGAGGCCAAGCGACGGCGGCGGGGGCGGCGGCGCGGUGCUAAGGACGGCAUUGUUGGAGCCGCCUCGCACUCGGAGCUGGAGCUCACUGAGGGCAUGAAGCUGAUCGGGGUCGUACCGAUGGCGGGCGAGGCCGCGGUUCCCGAUGCCAGCGACGAGAUGGUGGCCGUGAAGGACUUCGACAUCCAGGCGGAGGUCGAGGAGAAGAGCCCUGCUGCCCAGCCGCUGACCGUCGACCAGGCCAGAAAGAUGGUUCAGGCUGCCGCGCGCGCCGAGCUGAAGCUGGAGUCCCAGCUUGCGGCGGCUCAAGCUACGCAUCUGGCCGUCUGUGAGAUGGUCUUCGACGCGGGCUUCGAGGCGACGCAGAUGUGGGACAAUGGCGAGGCUGUCACCGUGGUGGAGUCCUCCGAGGAGCUCGGGGCGUCGCACGUGAAGACGGCCGAGUUUUGA